AUGUCGGAUUUGCUGCUACUGGGCCUGAUUGGGGCCCUGACUCUGCUACUGCUACUGACACUGCUGGCCUUCGCUGGAUACUCAGGGCUGCUGGCUGAGGUGGCAGUGAGUGCUGGCUCACCCCCUAUCUGCAACAUCACUGUGGCCUACAAGUUCCACAAGGGGUCCUAUGGCGAGACUGGGCACCUUUUCACCGAGAGCUGCAGCGUCUCCCCCAAGCUCCGCUCCAUUGCCAUCUACUAUGACAACCCCCAUGUGGUGCCCCCUGAGAAGUGCCGCUGUGCAGUGGGCAGCAUCCUGAGCGAAGGUGAGGACUCACCCUCCCCUGAGCUCAUCCAUCUCUACCAGAAAUUUGGCUUCAAGGUGUUCUCCUUCCCGGCACCCAGCCACGUGGUAACAGCCACCUUCCCCUACACCACCCCCCUGUCUAUCUGGCUGGCUACCCGCCGUGUCCAUCCUGCCCUGGAUGCCUACAUCAAGGAGCGGAAGCUGUGUGCCCACCCUUGGUUGGAGAUCUACCAGCAAGACCAGAUCCAUUUCAUGUGCCCAUUGGCACGGCAGGGAGACUUCUAUGUGCCUGAGGUGAAGGAGACAGAGCGGAAAAGCCGGGAGCUUGUGGAGGCUGAUGCCUUGAUUGAUGGCACAGGAGCUGACACGAGUGACACGAGUUCUGUAAGUCUGGAUGUGGGGCCUGGCAGCCGGGAGACUUCAGCUACCACAUUGUCUCCUGGAGCAGGCAGCCGAGGCUGGGACGAAGGUGACACCCGCAGCGAGCACAGCUAUAGCGAGUCGGGCGCUAGUGGCUCCUCCUUUGAGGAGCUGGACCUGGAGGGCGAGGGGUCCCUGGGGGAGCCACGUCUGGGCCCUGAGGCAGAGCCCCUGGGGGCCCACAAGUGGCCCCGGGAACCCAGUACCCCUGAGAGGGGUGAGGAGUAA